UAUACUGCUCCGUGGUUGGCAGCCCUUAGGAAUUAUUUGUCAAUUGAUAAACAAACGGAAAAAUACCGGAAAAAUUGUAAAUCAGUUUUUAAAAAUUGUCAUUUAUCAGUGUUAAACAAGUACAUGAAAUAUUUAUUACACGAAAGUGCCAAUUUACAGAUUUGCGGUUAAUUUGUUUAUAUUAAAAAGAAAAUAAAAAUGUCACGAAGAUCAAUUAAGCAUCGUAUAGUUGAAAGUGACAGUAACAGUGACAACGACGAUGAAGGUUCAGUUCGUUAUCGUUCUCAAACACAAAAUCGAAGAAAAAAAAAAGAUAAUAAUAGCACAAUGUCACAGAGUCAAAGAUCACAAGGGAAAAGAAAAUCACAAAUUGAAAAUAAUACACAAUUUGUUGUUGAUGACGAUGAUGAUGUUUCAAUGAGUACACAAAGAACCCAAACUGUUCUUCCUGAUGAUGAACUUAAUCGUUUAAUGGGUCAUGUUGUUAGAUAUAUUCUUGUUACCGAUCGUAGUCGACAUCCAAUUCUCAGACAGAAUAUUCAAAAGAAUGUUUUGAAUAAUUCAAAGCAUUAUCGUACUGUUAUGGAUUUUGCAAGAAGAACUUUUCGAAAGGUUUUUGGAUAUAAUUUAGUAGAAAUUGAUAAUGGAAAAUAUAUUUUGAUUAACGAAAUUUCCAAUAAUGAUUAUCAUGUGACUUUUCCAAUGGAAAAAAAUCAAAUGGUUCUUUUGUUCAUAUGUUUGUCUCACAUUUUUAUGAACGAUACCGUUUCUACUGAAGAUAAUUUGUUCAAUUUUCUACGGAAGUUGGCUAUUGUGGAUGGAGAUAAUUUUAGACACAAUUAUUUUGGUGAUAUAAAUCAGUUAAUAACUGUGGAUUUUAUUAAACAACGUUACUUAACACGCUCAAAAGUUGAAAAUAGUGAACCGGAAAAAUUUCAAUAUGAAUGGGGAUCUCGAGCUGAGCAUGAAUUGGAUAAAUUAGAAGUUCUUCAAUUUGUAUCAAGGAUUUACAGAAAUAAACCCGUUGAAGAAUGGACGUCUCAACUUAAAAAUAUUCAACAUAAUAUUCGCGAUUUUAUGGGUUGAAGUUCUUUUAAUUUCUUUUUUUUUGCGGAAUUCUUUUUUAAGUUCCGUUUAUUUUUCUAUCAUAAAAAAAUGUUCUUGUUCGAAAGUUAUUUAUGAUGUUUCGUUUUGUUAUAUCGGUCAAGAAAAAAAAAUAUGAUUAUAUUAAGAGCCAAUUAGCAUAAGAAUAAGUGAGUUUUGAAAUUGUUAAAAUUGUCCCUGAAUGCAGCCAUAAAACUGUAAAGCAAAAAGAUUAGGACCGAAUGUGGUCUCCAAGUUCAGCUUUGGGGUCAGGGAUUUCAUAGUACAAAUACGUUUUUUUUGUUUACUUAUAAAAUAUUUUUCUUUUCUCUAAUUCUUACGUAACAACGAAGCUCACUAUAAGUUUUUUUUUUCUUCUCUUAGUUCGUCAAUAAAAGAAAUAUUUUUCGAUUAAAAAAGAUAAAAUACAAAUUUUAUAUACUAUUUUUUCAUAAUAAAAUGAUGAAUAAAAAAAAA